AUGGCAACGCACAUUUUGGUCAUUGGAGCUACUGGUCCAUCGGGCUUGGAGUUUUGUAAGGCUGCAUUAACGCAGGGUCACAGCCUGACCCUCUACGUGCGGAGCCCAGACAAGCUACCUGCUGAGAUAACCGACAAUGCGAAUGUCUCCGUGGUGAAGGGUACUCUGGAAGAUGUGGCUACAUUCCAACAAGCAGCAGCUUCUGGCCCUACGGUUUUCGUCUCGUUCGCGGGACCAACGUCAAAUUCAACGGGAACGCCCAUCACCGAUGCCAUGAAAGAGAUAUUCCCCAUCCUCGUGGCUAAUAACUACAAGAGGGCAAUGGUACUUGGCACAUGCUCAUACACCGCACCAGAGGACCAGGGCGGUCUGAAGUGGAAGGCAUUGAUUGUCCUUAUCAAGAUAGUAGGCGGGUCGGCCUUUGAAGAAUUCAGCGGCCUCGGUUCAUUUGUGGCAUCCCAGGACGCGUCACAACUCAAGUGGACAUUGGUUCGAGUUCCUUUCUUGACCAACGGCGAUGACGCACCAGUCACCGCCACCUAUACCGGAACUGGGAAAGAUGGGAUGUCCUUGUCCAGAAAGAGUUUGGCCACUUGGGUGUUGAGCGAGAUAUCUGGAGACUCAGAGUGGGCUGGCAAGGCCCCUCUGUUGUCAAAUUGA